CACAGUGACCUACAAUUUUUAUAUCAAUUUAUACAACUGAGUAGUUAAGGGCUUUGCUAAGAAACCCAGCAGUGGCAGCUUUGGUGAAACUGGGAUUCGAACUCACGACCUUCUGAUCAAUAGUCCUUAACCACUAAGUUAAAGCCAGGGCAAAAUGAAUAGCCUACCACAUCCCCUAAUAAUACAGGAUAUGACUCAGUGCACCAGUAAUAAUCACACGACACCAACUCGAGAUUUCCAUGCACAAGGUUUUGUGUAGUAGAUGUAAGAAUGGAGAUCAUGUGAAAUGUGAAUAGUCUGCGACCUUCGCACUGGGACUUUAACCUGCAUGCUGGAUUGUGUUCCGCUGUUGGUGUGUUUUGGAAACACGCCAGUGUGAGCGGCGGAGUCUCAGUGAAUACACAGGAAAAAACGCUGAUCCUGUACAACUUCUGUACAACAAGUGUACUGACGGCUACGUGCUUCUGAUAGCUAGCACUGUUCUCCAGCCAUGAAAAGUCUGAAACAGAGACUGAAGAAACACGAAGCGUCAAACAGCACGACAGACUGGAACAAGUAUGAUGAGCGUCUGUUGAAAGCAGUGGAGGACGAUGAUGUGGAAAAAGUCACCAGCACACUCAGGAAAGGAGCAGUCGCCACUAAACAGGAUGCCGAGGGCCGUUCUUCGCUUCACCUAGCAGCGAGCAAUGGCCUUAUAAAUAGCCUCAAUGUUUUCCUUGCCCACGGUGUCAACCUACGCACAGCAGAUGCUGCUGGUAAAACAGCACUGCAUCUUUCUUCAAGAGGUGGCCAUUCUGCCUGUGUGCAGCGACUGGUGCAGUGUAAAAGUCCUGUAGACAGCACAGAUCUGCAUGGGAGGACAGCUUUACACGAAGCAGCUUUUGCAGGACACACUACAAUCAUCAAAAUGCUGUGUGGCAGCGGUGCAGCGGUCAAUUCUGUCGACAAGGAUGAUCGUACUCCUUUGAUAAUAGCAGCACAGAUGGGUCACAGCCGAGCUUGUCAACAACUUUUAAACUGUGGAGCUUCUGUCAAUCUGCGAGACAAGCAAAAUAAGACCGCCCUCAUCUUGGCCUGUGAACAUGGUCAUCGUGAAGUAGUGGAGGUCUUGCUGAAGCAUAAGCCAGAUGUCACUGCUGUAGACCUGCAUGGCCAUGACUUAUGCCACUAUGCCCGGCUUAGUGGAGACCAAGCCUUGAUCAUGAUGAUCAAACAAGCGUGGGAUGAAGCCAGCAAAGAGGCCUCUAAGACCGGUCCAAAGUUACACCAGCAGAGGUCAGUGAAUAAUGAAACCCAUGCACUUGUGAGGAAGAAGAGUGUGCAGGCUCCUGAUAAAGGCCAGUAUUCAGGGGUCAGCUUUCCUAACACGGUUUCACCACAGCAGCAUACAAAUGAAUAUGGCAGCCACUCAGACAUCGGAAAAGAAAACCUGCAGAGUUAUCAUGUGGAUUAUGCACAAGUUCGACAUCAUGCCCCUCAUUCAGCAGCUCCUGUCUCAUUCAAAUCGAAGGAGGUGCUGGCUGGUGAGACUGAUCUCCUUAAGAGGGAGCUGUGGGAGAUGAGGAGGAGGCAUACUGCUGUCCAGGAUGAGCUGCUCAGGUUGGAUGCAGCUCUGGUCAUGCGCACUCAGGACUAUGAGGAGCUGAGGAGGAGCAGUGAGCGAGCAUUACAGCAGGCUCAUAAUCGCGCUUGGGAGCUGGAGGAGGCGCUGGGAGAGGUGCAGCGUAGAAUGGCUGGGUCAGAGGCCAGAGUGAGGCAAAUGCAGGGACAUUUGGUAGCCAUGCGUGAGAACCUAGUGGAGGAGCUGAGAGUGCAACUGCUUGAGACCAAAGCAGAGCUACAUCAAGCACACGAAGAGCUUGGCCAGAGCAAGAAAGAAGCUGAGGAGCAAAAAGAGAAGAAUGACAAGCUCCUGCAGGAGGUACACAAACUCACUGAGGAGCUGCUGCAGAAAGAGGACACAAAUGCACUGCAGGCAAGAUUGGCAGGUCAGGAGGCUCAAAGAAAUGAAAUGGCUUGCAAGGAAAUACAAACCCCUUCGGAAUGGAAGCCUUGUUCUCCAAAAACCACCAUGACAGAUCUUACGCUUGAGAUACUUCAGCGAGAGAUGGAUAGGAAGAGCUACAUCAGCCUAGAAGAGCAUGAGUCUGUAAGAAGCUCACUCAGUAAUGCGCUUCAACAGGCACAAAGCCAGGUUCAGGAAGCACUGUUGAGGCAGCAGAAAACCAAUGAGGAAAAUCAGAGUCUCAUUAGAGAACUACAUGAGCAGAAGACAGAGCUGGACACCUUGCAGGAGGCCCUUCAGGCCCGGUUUGUUCCAGUGGCAAUGCUGGAGAUGAAGGAGAAUGAGGUAGCUCAGCUUAGGCUGGCACUAACAGAGAUGGAGAAGAGAAAGGAGAUGGAGGAGGAAAGCAAGACAGCAAGUUGUGCUGAAUCACAAAAGCAGACUCAGGCUGAGCAAACAUCACAGAGCAAUAAAGACACACAGACUGAGGGAACUCUGGGGGAAAACUCUACAAUCACCUCUAUCAACUGUAAGGAGGAGAACAUGCUAUUAAAUGCUACUGAAGGAAAAAAUAAGGAUUCAGAUAUAAUAGUGGAGACAGAAGGCCAGAGGGCAGCUCAGAACAGCUCAUCAACUCCCAGCAGUGUCUGUAACCUUGUGCACUCAGACUGCACCAUCCUGCAGGCACAUAUUAACAGCCUACAGCAACAGCUAGAGAACUCCGAAAGACAUUACAGGCAGGUUCUUGGUAUAUAUCGGUCACGUCUUCUCAGUGCAGCACAGGGCUACAUGGAUGAGGAGGCCAGAUUGGCACUGCUUCAGAUUGCCCAAAUGAGACAAGAGUGUGUAUGUUGAUCAUUAUCUGUUUCUGUUGGACUGUCUACAUUAUUCUCUCUCUUUCUGUGUGUGUGCGCAUGCAUAAGAGAGAGAGAGAGAGAGAGAGAGAGAGAGAGAGAGAGAGAGAGAGAGAGAGGUGUAAGUGUAAUUCUGAUGUGGUGUUUAGGAUUGAAAGCAAAUUUGAAAUCUAUUUGAAGCUAUUUAUGUGCCUUUUAUAAAAUAUUAUUUAAAUAUCUGGAAUAAUUAUUUUAUAUAAUGUAUAAUAUGUACAGGUUGCUAACUGUUCUUUAAUAAACAGAAAUUGAUUGAUUUAAA